AUGGACGCCUUUGAUACCAAAUAUUUUCGUAUUAACAAGCUAUUGCUGUCGUAUAUCGGCUUAUGGCCGACUCGAUCGUCUAACAAAAACAUAAUUUUCUAUUGCACAAUACUUGGUAUAUUGUUUAUAACAUUGCCGCAGAUCGCAUAUUUAUUUAAACAUGCGACAACUCUGGCCGACUUUUACGAUGUGCUACCAACUCUCACUGGCGCAAAUAUAUGUCUCAUGAAAGUGAUCGGUUUGUUUUAUAAACUUAACAAAUUUAGGAUGCUUAUUCAGCAUGUACGAUACGACUGGCGUCUAUUAGAGAAUCACGAGAGUAUUCGAAUUCUAAUGGAAUACGUUGAGAGAAGCCGAAUGUUCACAAUAGCCUAUUUAAUUUUUAUCGGCACGGGCGCGACUAGUUAUGUCACAGCACCGCUUACAGUACCGAUACUCGACAUUAUACUAGCCUCGAACGUGACGAGACCGAAAAGGUUGCCGCAUUUGAGUGAAUUCUUUCUAGAUUUGGAAAAAUAUUAUUACAUUCUCUUCGCUAUUUCGUGCUUAGGAUACUUGGCAGCCUGCACAUCCGUGAUCGCGAUCGAUGCCAUCUACUUCGCAUUGCUACAACAUAGCUGUGGUAUGAUGGCCACAUUAAGUCAUCACUUGGAAAACAGUAUUAUAUACAAUAAAUCGAAAUGCGUCGAUCGUAAUUACAUAUCUGACAAUAAGCGGGACAAGGAUGUUGAGAAUAUAGUACAAUGCGUACAGCUACAAAUCAGAAUAGAAAGACUGAUCCAAUUAAUUGAGUCAACAUUUGUGAUAUGUCUCAUUGUCGACAUGGGUUUGGGAGUUUUAUUUCAAUGUUCCGCGUGUGUGAUGAUCGUAACUCGUAUGAAUGCUAUGGAAAUGAUGAGAAACGGUCCACUUUUGCUGCUUCAAAGUUCUCGAAUUUUUUUCUACAGCUGGAUAGGGCAGGAAAUAAUAAAUCACAGUUCUCAAGUUCCUGUCGCAGCAUAUAAUGGAAUAUGGUAUCAAACAUCUCUGAGGACAAAGAAAAUGUUCUUGUUUUUACUAAUGAAAUGUCAAAAGCCAUAUCGCUUAACUGUAGCCAAAUUAUAUGUAAUCAGUUUAGAAGGUUACAGUAUGAUCAUGAAAACAUCCGUUUCCUAUGUUACUUUAAUGAUGUCGUUAAAUUCGGAUGAGAUAUAA